AGAGAGAGCAAGCGAAUUCCUGCAAACGAUCUAACAUCACUGAAUAUUAAAAUUGGCGAUGCAACCUUUUGCGAGCGGAACGAUGGCGACGGAGAAUCCAACGAGUCUGCCAGCGGACCAGGCGACCUCACCAGCGCCGAGGAACCUGACAUUUUCAAUCGCAAAGAUCAUGGAACCGGACAAGAAGCCAACCUCAGAGCCGUCUCACCCCCAGCACCUGCCGACGGCUGGUCUGCCGUCACUGUCUUAUUCGGCGCACUUAGAAUCAGCCUUCAAGAAAUACGUGCCGACACUAAGGCACCAGAACCUGCUCCAGCACUACCCCCUUCUUUACUACCACCCGAGUCCAUUGCUCAGGGCUUUUCCAGCGCCGUCGGUGACCGGCGGAUCAACGCCGUCAACGCCGUCGGCGAUAAGGAGCCAAACGCCGCCACCACCGGUUACGGAAUCCUCCAGGAUACCGUCGUCAGCCUCGUCUCCGGAGGACGUAAUGAGAAAGAAGACCUCAUCGUCGCCGCGUGAGGUAAAUUCAGGAACCAAACAGAAGACCUUCACGUGUCCCGAGUGCGGUAAGGUGUUCAACGCUCACUACAACCUUACGAGACACAUGCCGGUCCACACGGGAGCCAGACCAUUUGUCUGUAAGAUAUGCGGCAAGGGUUUCCGCCAGGCGAGUACCCUCUGCAGACACAAGAUAAUCCACACCGCGGAAAAGCCGCACAAAUGUCAGACGUGCGGAAAGGCGUUUAACAGGAGUUCGACCCUGAACACGCACACGAGAAUUCACGCCAACUACAAACCGUUCAUAUGCGAAUUUUGCGGCAAGGGUUUCCACCAGAAGGGUAAUUACAAGAAUCACAAGCUGACGCACAGCGGCGAAAAGGCGUACAAGUGCACGAUUUGCAACAAGGCUUUUCACCAGAUUUACAACCUGACGUUCCACAUGCAUACCCACAACGACAAAAAGCCAUUCUCCUGCAAGAUAUGCGGCAAGGGUUUCUGCCGGAACUUUGACCUGAAGAAGCACAUGCGGAAGCUACACGAAACCGGGUCCCCGGUUCUAAACGUCGGUCUCGGGGCCUCGGGACAAAGUCAGAACCAGCAGACGCCAUUUUCGCAAAUUCAUCACGGCCCCGUCAGCCACAAUUAUGUUAAUCCAUUCCUCCUGCCACCGCCAGGCAGUACGACCUAUCAUCUAAACAAGAUGUUGUGACCCAAUCAAAACGCGUUCUGCACGCGAAAGACUGCCUGCCCUCCUCUGAUCAUCGGACCUCCAUCCUGCUACCAAAAUCACUCCGGACAACUAGCCCAGGCGUCAAAGUGAUAAAUAAAUCUUGACAACCGGACGUGUGUUUUCAAAUCUCAUAUACACUAACCAUAGCAUACCUACAUCACCACAACGAAUACAGCGACGAUCGUUUUACUCGUUACACAAGCUUUAGCAA